AUGCCAUUCUUUAAUCUUCCUUACCAUAUCAGAGAUCAAAUCUACCGAUACUCCCUUGUCAUGGGACGUGUUUUCAUUCGCCCUUUCACUACCGUUGAAGUGCUCAUGGAUCCUAACCGAAAAGAUACCUAUGGCACACCCAACCUCGCUCUACUCUGGACCUCAAAACGCAUAUACGAAGAGGCAAUGCCCAUCUACUUAAGCGAAAAUGUCUUCUCCCUCGUCCAAGUUGAUCUGUUGGCUGCCGCGCGCGCAGAGUAUCCGCGUGUAUUCGACAAUCUCAGGAAGGUCCGCAAUCUGGAGCUCGUCUUCGACUGCCGUGAUUACAUUUACCUGGCGCAAUUCCUAUCCCGGGAGCUUCCAGGCGUCAUCGCGGCAAUACAGGAUGCGAAGGUACCCUCGAAACACAAGCGCAAAGUGAUUGAGGAGCUGGACGAGAUGCAAGUCGACUUUGAUAUUCCCAGGAUAGAACAAACCGAGUCGGAUUCCGAGGAGGAGGUUUCGUCUGAAGAAGCACAUGAGAUUCAUGAUCAGCAUAUCGAAAAUAUGAAGGAGUACCUUUGGGGACGCACAAUGAGUUUUGUGCGGCAGACGUUCCAACUGUCGCGCCUUUAUAUUGACUUGCGUCAUUGUACUUGUAACUGGGGAUGUUGUCGUCUUGCUACGGAAGUGCUGGAUUGGGGUUGGUUCCACGUCUGGAUUCAUGGGAUGCCGGAUGAGAUCCAUGUGAGAGGUACCUCUGGACGUGAGAAGAAGCUCAUCGCUCGGUUGUUCGAUAAGCAGCGAUUCCAUGCGGGUUUGGAAAUCGACCAAGUUUUCGAUCAGGACAGACUUGAAGACGCUGAUGACUGGAAAGCGGGCAAAUUUGUGUUUCAGAAGGUUCAUCAGAGACUCGUACGCUAG